GUCUCAGUGUAAUAACUUUUUUGUUCCAUUUAGUAAACCUUUAUAUACAUGUACUUAUCACUGUUUGUUUUUAAAUACACCAAGUUAUGCUUGAUAUAAGAAUUAUUAAUAUGUAUGCACAGUCCUACUACUGACAUCAUUUAAGUACUUGCCCACAUUUCAAUCGGUAUAUCUUCAAAAAGGUUGUAACUUGAUGCCUAUAACACAAUGAAAAAUGUGCAAAGUAGUCACGAUAAAGAAAAUCAAUUCUCAGUUAUGAAGAUUUCUACUUCGGAGCCGAUUAUUGCUAAUGAUACUGCUACUACUUCGACAAAUGCUACUACAGGAAAUAAUUUCAGUUGUUUAAAUCAAACGAUUAUUGAUAUUGAAAAUAUCUUGUAUAAAAACUGCAUAGAACUUAGUCAACAUGAAACUAAAUUAAUCACAUUAUUAGAAAGAUCUGAAGCUAUGGAAAAAAAUGCAAAACAAUUUAAGAAGGUGAAUAAAAAAUUCAACCUACUCAAAUGGAAACAACAUAAAUUUAUGACAAGUUUAAUAGUUAUUGGUGCAGCGAUAUUAAUAAUGAUUAUAAUAUUACUACUAAUAUACAUUUAACCCAUAUAAAAAUGAUUAACAGUCUUUAAGAAGUAAUUUUACAUAAUCUAUGUGAUGACUAUUUAUGAUGAUUUAAACUUAUGGAUUCAGAUUACUCAUUAGGAAACAAUACAGAAUAUGUGGAUUCUUUAAUAACCAAAUCCUCAUGUACUUAUUAGGUUUGAUAUCAGUUUUCAAUUGUUUGAGAAUAAUUACAGUGUAAUCCUUUAAGAUUCAUGCCGUUCAUUUUCAUCAUGUCUGGUGUAAAAAAAUAAAUGAUAAAAUUAGUCUUGAAUAUCAA